AUGUCUCAACCUUCACUUUCUCCCAGUCUAACACUUCUAGACUCCGAGAUUACUUAUGAACAACCAGCUUCACCAGCAACUGCCCUGUCCGAUCACUCCGAUGAGACUGGAAUUACUCAUAAAGAACCAUCAUCAGGAACAGCCGCAUCAGACCACUCCGAUGACACCGAUGACACUGAAAGCACUCACGAAGAACCAUCAUCACCAGUAACAGCCCCAUCCGACCACUCUGAUGGCACAGUCGACGCCGCUGACGCCGCUGACGCCGCUGACACAAAGGCCCUUCCCACCAAAGACGAAACAAAAGAGCCUUGGUAUGAUUCACAGGCGAACGGAAACUUGCGAUUACAAGUCUUAACUUGGGAUGGAAAAGCGUGUGAGGUGCCUAAGAAUGAAUGCAAGAAGUCUAAGAAGUCUGCGCAAGCGGAGUAG